AUGACCGGUAGCGGUGGGUCACCGGCGACCCGCGCGGAUCAGACCGAACAGGCCGGUAAUGAAGGUACAGGUACAAAUCGUUGGUAUCAUACAGGCGGUUUUAUUAUUGAACCAUAUUAUUAUACUAUUAAGCAUCUGAAAUACGAAUCGUAUCACAGAGAUAAUAAAAUAGAUAGUGUAAUUGAAUUUAUUUCAGAAAUGAUUAUUGUUGAUACAUCCAACAACUGUGGUGUUAUUAUAACGACAAUGAUAAAUACACUAUUAUCAUUCAUAUUUGACAUUAGCAACAAUAAAUCGUCACUAACAAUAGGACAAUUAAUGAAUUUAUUCGCAUUUAAAUUUAUAUUUUAUCAUUUAAAUUAA